AUGGGCAAGGCGCAAAACAUGAACCUACCUUUGAUACCGCUUCCUCGGGAUACCAUCCUAUUGCCGGGUUUGGUCCAGAGAAUCUCUGUCACGUCUAGCCGUCCCGAUGUCGCCGCUCUGCUCGCACAUGUCUACGAGCGCGCCGCCUCCAAGGGCCCCGACGGUCGCAUUGAUAGCGUCCCCAUCGCCUGCGUUCCAGUCAAUUCGCCCUUUGUCGGCCCCAACGGCCAGCUUUUGAUCAGCAACGGCGAGGAAGUUGACGCCUCUGCUAUUCAAGACGUUAAUCCGGGUUCUGCCAAGAAAGGUGAUUUGUACCAUUUUGGAGUCGCCGCCAAGAUCAUCGGCAUCGAUGGCCGAGGUGCCGACGAGUUCGCCCUGCGCGUCGAGGGAACAUCACGCAUUCGGAUCGAUGCCAUCACACGGGAGCGACCGUACUUUGAAGGCCAAGUAACAUACUUCAAUGAUGACAUCGAUAUCGCCGAUAAGCAGCUUCAGGACCUUUUCGCCCUACUCAAGGCGCAAUCCCGUGAACUCAUCACCAUUUUGCGGAUCUCUUCCAUGCUACCACGCACCAAGGCCGGUCCUACACUGUCACCUACCGUCACUAAACGCCUCGAGUUGCUCAUAAUGCGAAGAGAGAUCAAAGAAGCUGGAUUGUUGGCCGACUUUAUGGCCAACCUUGUCGAAGCCAGCCACGAGGAGAAACUCGGUGUCUUGGCUGCCCUCGAUGUCAAGGUUAGAAUCACAAAGGUUAUCGAGCUUCUCGAACGCCAAGUUGGAGGUAUCAAGAACAACUUCAAGAUCACAACCUUUACCUCUGUACCCGUUCAGAUUCUCGACCGAUUGGGCGAAAACCAGGUCCGAAGACCCAACUCUCCCCAACACCUGCCGGGCAUGUCCUUCAUGCCACCACCAGGUGGUAAUAUGCAGGGCGGCAAUGACAACGAGGAUCAAGAAGCCAGCGAGAUUGAUGAGCUCAAGAAGAAGCUUCAGAAUGCUCAGCUCCCACCAGAAGUUGCCAAGGCAGUUGACAGAGAGCUUCGUCGUUUGCAAAAGAUGAUGCCUAUGAAUCAAGAGUAUCAGGUCACUCGCAACUGGCUGGAGACGCUUUCGGAGAUUCCCUGGGCUGCCGUCACGGACGACAGACUUGGGCCCGACACAUUAACGCGAGCGCGGAAACAACUAGACGACGAUCACUACGGGCUGGAAAAAGUCAAGAAGCGACUAAUUGAGUAUCUCGCCGUCCUUCGUCUCAAGCAAUCCAUCAAUGACGAAGUCGAACAGAAGCUUCGGUCGGAGCAGGCCCUUGUUCACCAACCCAGCCCGAAUUCUGAGCAAGAGCACCAGCAGUCUGACGCUGAGGCUGCCCAACUCGAGCUUUUCAAGUCGCAGAAGAUGACGGACAAGUCGCCCAUCAUGCUCUUGAUUGGACCUCCCGGUGUCGGAAAAACUAGCUUGGCUAAAUCAGUUGCUACAGCCCUUGGUCGCAAGUUCCACCGCAUUUCACUUGGUGGAGUCCGCGACGAGGCCGAGAUUCGUGGCCACAGGCGUACCUAUGUCGCCGCUAUGCCUGGUCUCAUCGUUCAAGGUCUUCGCAAGGUUGGAGUCGCAAACCCAGUGUUCCUACUCGAUGAAAUCGAUAAGAUUGGCAUGGCCAGUGUCCAUGGUGAUCCUUCCGCUGCUAUGCUCGAGGUUCUUGACCCUGAGCAGAACCAUACCUUUCAAGAUCACUACAUUGGAAUGCCCAUUGACCUGUCCAAGAUUCUCUUUAUUGCGACGGCGAACAAUUUGGACACUAUUCCCGCACCUCUACUCGAUCGCAUGGAGAUGAUUUACCUACCCGGCUACACAACGCUCGAGAAGAGACACAUUGCGUUGCAACAUCUUGUUCCCAAGCAGAUUCGCGCCAAUGGUCUGUCGGAGGAUCAGGUCAUCUUUAAUGAGGAUGUCGUAUCCAAGGUCAUCGAGUCGUACACUCGCGAAGCUGGCGUUCGAAACCUUGAGCGCGAGCUUGGGUCAGUCUGUCGGUCCAAGGCUGUGCAGUUUGCAGAGGCUAAAGACGGCGGUCGCCUAGACAAGUACAAGCGUGAGCUUUCUGUGGAAGAUUUGGAAGAUAUUUUGGGUAUUGAAAAAUACGAAGAAGAGAUUGCAGAGAAGACGAGCAGACCUGGUAUUGUCACUGGCUUAGUUGCCUACAGCACCGGCGGCAAUGGAAGCAUCUUGUUCAUCGAAAUCGCCGACAUGCCGGGUAGGGGAACUGUUCAACUCACGGGAAAGCUCGGUACUGUUUUGAAGGAGAGCGUCGAGGUGGCACUCACCUGGGUCAAGGCUCAUGCAUUUGAGCUUGGUCUCACGCAUGAUCCCUCUGCUGAUGUCAUGAAGAAUCGUAGCAUUCAUGUGCACUGUCCCGCUGGUGCUAUCCCGAAAGACGGGCCCAGCAGUGGUAUUGGACAGGCUAUUGCUCUCAUCUCUCUGUUCUCUGGCAAGCCAGUUCCUCCUACGAUGGCCAUGACGGGCGAGAUCUCACUGCGCGGUCGCGUGACUGCGGUUGGGGGCAUCAAGGAGAAGCUCAUUGGUGCCCUCCGAGCUGGUGUGAAGACGGUCAUUCUUCCUGCGCAAAACAAGAAGGAAGCGAAGGACCUUCCACAGGAAGUCAAAGAUGGCUUGGAAAUCAUUCAUGUGAGCCAUGUCUGGGAGGCCAUUCGAGUCGUAUGGCCGUACUCGCAUUGGGCUGCGGAUAGCCACUUUGCAGGCAUCGAAAGCCGACUGUGA